AUGACCUUGACGUGGGACGAGAAAUAUAGACUUAUUACCAGAAAUCUGGCAGAAUGGUUGGGAGACGAGAAACUCAAAAGUAUCCUGAAGGAACGUGAUCUCAAACUAUAUUGGGGUACAGCUACAACAGGGCGGCCUCAUAUUGGUUACUUUGCACCUAUGUCCAAGAUAGCUGAUUUCUUACGAGCGGGAGUAGAGGUAACAAUUCUCUUCGCAGAUCUUCAUGCAUAUUUAGAUAACAUGAAAGCACCCUGGGAACUUUUGGAACUUCGUACUCAAUAUUAUGAAGCUAUAAUCAAGGCAAUGUUGAAGUCCAUUGAUGUUCCAUUGGACAAAUUAAAGUUUGUCAAAGGCACAGAUUACCAAUUAUCAAAGGAAUACACAUUGGAUGUAUAUCGUCUGAGUUCACUUGUGACAGAACAUGAUGCAAAGAAAGCUGGUGCUGAAGUUGUCAAGCAGGUCUCUAAUCCUCUGCUAUCUGGUCUUCUUUAUCCAGGGUUACAAGCACUCGAUGAGCACCAUUUGAAGGUAGAUGCGCAGUUUGGUGGUGUUGAUCAGAGGAAAAUCUUUACUUUUGCAGAGAAGUAUCUACCUAUGAUGGGAUAUGAAAAAUGUGUUCAUCUGAUGAAUCCAAUGAUUCCUGGUUUGGCAGGUGCAAAAAUGUCUUCAUCUGAAGAAGAUUCGAAGAUCGAUCUAUUGGACAAUGCUGCGACGAUAAAAAAAAAGUUGAAGAAAGCGUUUUGUGAACCUGGAAAUAUUGAGGACAACGGAGUUUUAGCAUUCUCCAAACACAUUCUAUUCCCAUUAUUUAAAGAUGGCGAUGUUUUCAAUGUACCAAGAGCUACAGAUUUUGGCGGUGAUGUGUCUUUCUCAAAGUAUGAGGAUUUGAAAGCCGCCUUUGCAAAGCAAGAUAUACAUCCUGGUGAUUUGAAAAAUGCUGUAGAAAUAUACAUCAACAAACUUCUGGAUCCAAUAAGAAAGGAAUUUGAAACAAACUCAAAGCUGAAAUCACUUGCAAGCAAAGCAUAUCCUCAGUCAAAGAAACAAAAAUCCCAGGAGGUGGAAAUUACACCUGCAAGAUUAGAUAUCCGAGUGGGAAAAAUAAUCGAAGUUAAGAAGCAUCCCGAUGCGGAUUCGCUCUACAUUGAGAAAAUAGAUGUAGGUGAACCAAAUGGUCCACGUACUAUAGUCAGUGGACUAGUCAACUUUGUACCUUUGAAUGAGAUGGAAAACAGAAUGGUAGUGAUCUUGGCCAACUUAAAGCCAGCGACUCUUCGGGGAGUUUCAUCACAUGGAAUGGUUCUCUGUGCUUCAGUUGAAGAACCAACGAGACAAGUUGAGCCUUUGAGACCUCCUGCAAAUAGCAUGCCUGGUGAUAAAAUUAUUAUCGAGGGAUAUGAAGAUGGGACAGCAGAUGAUGUAUUAAAUCCAAAGAAGAAAGUGUGGGAAAAACUGCAGGUCGACCUUGUGGUAAAUGGAGAUGGUGUAGCAUCUUGGAAUGGGAAUCUCUUACUCACUUUGGUGGGUGGCAAGAUAACAAGUGAUACUCUCAGAAACGUUCCAAUUAAAUAAUGCAGUUAUAACUAGCUUUAUAUCCAUUGUAUCAAUUGAUUAGCUAGAAAUCUGUUGCAUUUUUAUGAAAUUUUUCAUCUUUUGUAUUUUUCUAGCAUUUAAUGGGCGUACAUACACACUUAUCAAUAUACAAAAAAGUAUAAUUAUAAAAGUUUGUGAUCAAAAGUAGAGCAAAUAUAUAUAUAAAUAAAUAAAUUCAAUGACCUUUAUAUUAAUUAUGAUUCUUGAUAAAAUUAUAUAAUAGGUACCAUUGCUUUAUUAUUUGAAGAGAAUAUAGUUUCAAAUAAAGAAAGUUUGCUGAGGUUUACAGGAAAUGCUGCAUGAUUGAACCAUCUUUUAUUUUCCAUGUAAUGGGUUGCUUAAAACCCUACAACUUUUAUAUUAAACAUAUUUUCCUAGAAUCCAUAGUUUUCGAAAUAUCGGUUUAUUCUGUUACUUUUUUGCUACUUUGUAUGUAUAUACGCACAUUUUAAUAAAAAUUGACUAUUACACUAUUG